GCCCCAGAGAACCCUCCCCCAAAUUGCGCUCAGCUCCGCAGUCAGCUGCCUACCUCCAGUGGCUUAUGGGGCACUGUCUAUCCCAGCUCUUCUAAGAUGCUCCUGGCCUCUCCCUCCACUCAGUCCAGGGGACGGACCCCCAGCGCUGUGGAGAGGCUAGAGGCGGACAAAGCCAAGUAUGUCAAGACGCAUCAAGUGAUUGCUCGGCGGCAAGAGCCAGCCCUCCGUGGGGCACCUGGGCCGCUCACCCCUCACCCCUGCAAUGAGCUGGGAUCCCCUGCAUCGCCCAGAACGCCCAAAACCACACGCCGGGGCAGCGGGAGGCGACUGCCAAGGCCUGACUCCCUCGUAUUCUACCGCCAGAAACGAGAUUGCAAGGCAUCAGUGAACAAAGAGAACGCCAAGGGCCAGGGACUGGUGAGACGCCUCUUCCUGGGUACCUCCCAUGACGCCACUUCUAGCAGCCCGGGCACAGCGGAGCGACCUGCGACUCCUGGGAGUUGGACCGCGCAGCCCAGAGAUGUCCCAGAAGCAACGGGAAAGCAAGCGCUGUGCCCCACGUGCUCUCUGCCCUUGUCGGAGAAGGAGCGUUUCUUCAACUACUGCGGCCUGGAGCGCGCGCUGGUGGAGGUGCUAGGUGUUGAGCGUUUCUCCCCGCAGAGCUGGGGCGCCGAGGCCAGCCCCCAGCCCGAAAUAGCGCCGCCUCCCGGCUCCGGGAACACCAGCGACUGGGCUUCCAGCGACAGCAGCGAAGAUCCAGACUGUGCAGACUGCGGCGGCGCUGAGGCGGCGGACUCAGCGCGGGACGGGCGCCCCCAGGUGUCGGUGGUGGAGCGCAACGCGCGCGUCAUCCAAUGGUUGUACCGCUGCCAGCGCGCCCGAGGCCCACCGCGCGAGUCAGAGGUGUGA